AACUUAAAUCGAACGGUAACGGUACAGCUGUGACCAUCUUCAAAUCUUCGGCAUGGGAUAUGACUUUCUAGGUUAAGCGGACGAUGGUGAUAAGCCCUCCGAAUUGCUCUAAUAUAGAACGACAGUCGCGACGCAACGAGCUGACUGUGAGAAGUGCAAGAAUUUUUAGCGGAAGCCCAACUGACGAGUGGGACGUGCAGCAUAGGGAUUUCGUCCUUUAUUCCAGCAGCAGGUUCGCGGGUGUUCACGGGGACCAGUCUAGAAAAGAUUCUGCAAAAGCACAGUGCUCCCAGCCGCUGACGGGUGCAACAUUGGGUAUCGGUCAACGAGCAACGUGGGACUCUGUGCGUAUCAAGCAGAUCGAAAUUGUCCUCAUUCAAGCCCCAAACGAGCCCAAGGACAAGAAGAUCCGGAUGUGCAAAAGCUGAUGCAAGCUACGUUGGAGAAGUAUGAAUAUGAAUGCACCGCCGUUGGACCGGACUCCAACCGUAGCUGAAGGACAAAUGUGCACGUGUCGUACAAUCCGGACCGCGCAAGACGGUUGGUCCUUCCAUCGGGGUGCAAACUACCGGACCACCAGCAGCUGUAGCGACCGCUUGACUCGAUGAGGUGCUACAAACCGAUGUCCAAGUGAAGUGAUAUGUUUCAAUGCAAUGUUAUUUAUAAAUUGAAUAAAAUUUGAUUUUUCACGUUUUUUUAACCAAA